GAAUUGCCGGUGCAGGCGUGGACGCGGACGUCAGGAUCCGUCCGUUCGGCUCACCACCCCCACCACCCUCCCACUGACUGACUCUGGCCGAAACUUCAAAACGUUGACUUUGGACUUGGGCAAGCAUAAUUUAAGGAGGAGGAAGAGGAGACUGUAGUCCGCACAUCGGUUGGAUCUCCAUCUCAUCUUCCUAAGCUCAACUCUACGCAUCGAUCCGUCACUCAGCCCCAGCUCAGGUCUUUUUUGCUUUCUCCGGAUCCGAAGUCCGAGCAGAAAUGAGCGGUGAGGCAAUUGCAAAUGAAGGAGGUGAAGGAAGCCAAUCCCAACCUCAGAAUCAGCGACCCGUUCCUCGCCUGAACGAGAGGAUCCUUUCCUCACUGUCCAGGAGAUCUAUCGCCGCCCAUCCUUGGCAUGAUCUCGAGAUUGGACCUGAUGCUCCCAACAUUUUCAACUGUGUUGUUGAGAUAACCAAGGGAAGCAAGGUCAAAUACGAACUUGACAAGAAGACUGGCCUCAUUAAGGUUGACCGGGUGUUAUAUUCUUCAGUUGUUUAUCCUCACAAUUACGGGUUCAUCCCUCGCACUUUAUGCGAAGACAAUGAUCCGCUAGAUGUGUUAAUCCUGAUGCAGGAACCAGUCCUUCCUGGCUGCUUCCUACGUGCAAGGGCCAUUGGACUGAUGCCCAUGAUUGACCAGGGAGAGAAAGAUGACAAGAUCAUUGCAGUAUGUGCUGAUGAUCCGGAGUACAAACACUACACGGACAUCAAAGAGCUUGCCCCCCAUCGCCUUUCGGAAAUCCGCCGCUUCUUUGAAGAUUACAAGAAGAAUGAAAACAAGGAGGUAGCUGUCAACGACUUUCUCCCCUCAACAACUGCCAUUGAAGCCAUCCAGUAUUCAAUGGACCUUUAUGCUGAGUACAUUUUGCACACCCUGAGGCGAUAAUAUCGUGGGCUUUCUUUCAAGUCCAGCAAGACGUUUGACAAAGCAGUGGAUGUAAUGUUGUCAAGAUCUGUUUUGGUUAUGUUCGUGCUUGGUGUUAUCUAUCUCUGCCCCCUUGUUUGAACUUCUACUGAAUAAUCGGUGAUGGUGGCAUCCUGAUCUAGUGGACUAAUAAUUUGCUGAAAGAAUUUUGAUGUGUAAGAGUUCUAUGAACCAUUGAUUUUCUUAUGUUUCUUGCUGAUUUGUUUCAAACUGGUGUGUCAAAAGUCAGAAGCACGGUUUCAGUAUGAUGACAGUCUUCUAUAUUUAUUCUUUUGGGGAAAAA